GGAAAAUUGCAUGAUUAGGCUAAACUGAUGAGGAGGAGGUAUAAUUGAAAGAAGUGUUUUGUCUCUUUUCCAAUUGUAAACAUCUAUACUCAAGGCAUUGAAGAUCUAUAAGGAAUCAUUUUCGUACCAGGAUAAUGGCUAGUGGAGGAAGCAAACGUGAUCCUGCAUGGGAAUAUGGUUUUCCAAUUGAAGGUAAUAAAAGUGGAACAAUAUGCAAAUAUUGUAAUCGCGUGAUGAAGAGUAGUGGAGUAACACGAUUAAAAUACCACCUUAGUGGUAUUGAUCCUUCACACAAUGUACAACCUUGUGGUCAAGUGCCUCCUGAAGUUAAAAAAUUCAUAAUAGAUUUGUUAAAAGGAAAACAACAACGUAAGAUCAAAAAAGCAAAUAGAAUGGAAGAUAUUCGUGCAGACUUACGAGGACAACUGCAUACUGAAACAUAUGAUGUGGAUGAUGAGGAUGAUGAUGACAUAGCAUAUCCACCUGGGAUGGGAUGGAUCCAUAUGAGAAAAAUGAUUAUCAAGAGGCAAUUCGUGCUUCUAAACAAUCAGAGUGGGAAAGAAGUCAUCUCCACAAAGUUCGAUAUCAAGCUGAAGGAGGCGAAUCUAGUAGUCGUGCUAAACCUGCAGUACAACGGACAUGGAGUCUUAAAAAUCCACAAUCAAGAUUUGUUGCACCAAGCUUAUACAAGUCCUCUCAAGCAAAGCAAAAAAAUAUAAAAAAAAAAUUUUCUGGAGGAAAAAUAAAAGAAGGUAUGGGAAGAAUAAUAAGUAAAUUUUUUAUUUAUGAAAAUUUACCAGCAAAUAAAGCAUCAUCCCAUCAUUUCAAGAUUUUGGUAGCAGGAUGCUAACAAGCAGGGCCAGGUAUAGAACCUCCAACCCCUUAUGAGAUCAGCACAAAAUAUUUGGAUAUAGAGUAUGAGGAGAUAAAAGACCAUGUAAACAAAAUGAAAGCGAAAUGGGAAACCUAUGGUUGUACAAUCAUGUGUGAUGGAUGGACGGAUCCCACCAGAAUGUCUAUUAUUAAUUUCAUGGUUUACUCAAAAGGAAGCACAGUUUUUCUAAAAUCUAUUGAUGCUUCAAAUCAAAUAAAGGAUCAUAAAUACAUAUAUGAGCAAUUGAAGAAAAUAAUUCUGGAAGUUGGGAAGAAAAAUGUGGUGCAAAUUGUAACAGAUAAUGGCUCUGCAUUUGUUAAAGCUGGGAAGAAAUUGAUGGGAGAUUACAAUUUGUACUGGAUUCCAUGUGCAGCACAUUGCAUUGAUCUCAUGUUUGAAGAUAUUGGGAAGAAUGAGAAUGUGGCUAUUGUGAUCAAGCAGGCUAGAGCAAUCACAACUUACAUCUACAAUCAUAAUUGGUUGCUAGCAAAGAUGCGUGAAACUUGCAAAGGUGACAUCAUUCGUCCGGGACUUACACGAUUUGCCACAAACUAUCUUGCGCUUGAUAGCUUGGUUAAAAAGAAAGCCGAACUUAAGCAACUAUUCACAUCUACUGAUUGGACUAGUCAUAAUUAUAGUGCUUCAAAAGAAGGCCAAACAGUGGAAAAUAUAUUACUUAAUCAUAUUUUUUGGGAUCAAGCACAUAAGAUGUGUCAAUUAUUUGAGCCUUUAUAUAAGUUUUUACGUAUUGUUGACACCGAUGUUUAUUCAACAAUGGGAACAGUGUAUGAGUUGAUGCAAAUUGUUAAAGAGGAACUUGACAAAAUGCAUGGUGCAAAGUGGAUAUUAAAGAUUAUCAAUAAUAGGUGGGAUAAAACCUUAAAGCAUCCAUUACAUGCAGCAGCUUACAUACUUCAAGGAUGCAAGGAAAGGAUUUGCAAGACCAACAGCAAUUGCUUCUAGAAAAGAGAUGUCUAUUGGUAAGUUUAAAUAUUGUAGUAUGUGAAUAUCAAUUGAUGUAAUAGUACAAAUAUGUAAUCAUAUAAUAAUUAUUUUGUAACAGUUGAAUGGUGGGUCAUGUAUGGUGAUAGUGCACCUACAGUAAGAAAAUUGGCAUUGAAAGUUUUGUCACAAACAGCAUCAUCCUCUGCCUGUGAAAGAAAUUGGAGCACUUUUGCACUAAUACAUAUAAAACAAAGAAAUAGACUAGCAUAUAGUAGAAUUGAAAAACUAGUUUAUUGUUAUUAUAAUAUGAAACUCAAGUUGAGGGAUAUGGAAGCUGAAGAAGAAAAUCAUCAAGACUUGGAUCCAACAAUAAUAUUUGAAACUAUAAUGGAAGAUGAUGAUGAAGAGGGCAACCAAAUAUACCAAUGGAUUAGAGAUGUUCAUUUAGAUGAUCAUGAGGGGAAUCCUAAUCCAAAGAUUGCUCAACAAGCUAAAAAAGAAGGGAUAAAUGUUCAAAAAGUGAUUACUGAAGAAGUAAAUCCUAGUAAUGGUGAUUUAUUUCAAAGGCUUAUGAGAGAGCCAACUAGAACUACUAGUGCUUCAGCUCCAUCAGGUGGUACAUAUUCACAAUUUGAGAUUCUUAGUAGUCACUCUAGCUACAGUGGUGAUGAAGAUAACUUCAAUAAAUUAUUUGAAUUAGAAGGUAGAAGAGGUAGGGGUCAAAGGGAAUCAACAAGUCAAGAAGUUGGAUUAAGCCCAUUUACUGGUGAACAAUAUUAUACACAUGCAACACAGGAUGAAGAUCAUGGAAGUAGAAAUGCAGGUCAAGGAUUCAAUGCUGUUGGAAAAGACUAUACACGUAAAGAGAAAUCUAUGAUGGAGAUGUCACAAUAAGAAGAAGAUUCAAUUUCUAUGAAUUUUGGAUCUAUGAGGGUUGGAAGUCAUUUUCAUAACCCUUAUUCAAUAAAUAAUUAUGGAAUGUCAUCAAGUAGCAACUUAUGGGUACCAUCUCAAACUCAACCAUUAGAGAGUAGUAGU